CUGACCUGCAGCUCCGCUCAGUCACGUGACUUUCUCCGCUUCCUUCGCUCCUGUCAGCCAGAUUCUUCUUCUGCGGACACUUUCAGGUCCAGCCAGGCUAACACACGCCGGGUUAAAAACCCGGUUUGUCUCCCGUUUCUCCGCCGUGUAGCCGAGGAGCAGCUGGUUCCGGACCGGAAUGUAGUUUCUGCUGUUUGUUUGUUGCGGACCUGCUCUUGCAAACGCUUCGACAACUUCAAACCGUCCCAGUACCAGAGCUGUUUUCUGGAUUUAUUUCAUGCCGAAGUUAACCCUGGACAGAAUCAACUAUCAGGGUUGCAACGGUUUUCUCUGUGAAGUCCUUUGAAGUUUGUCUCCACCCGCCUGCUGACAGGAGCAGUCAUGCCGUCCAACAAAUCAGUGUCCGACGCGCCCAUCACUCAGUUCAUCAACUGCAGAAUACUGAGAGACCACACUCUGCAGAGGGAGGACCUGUGGGUGCGUGAAGGGAAGAUCUUAGAUCCAGAGAAGCUGUUCUUUGAUGAGCACGGCUACGCCGACCAGCAGGUGGACUGUGAAGGCAGCAUUAUUGCACCGGGCUUUAUAGACGUCCAGAUUAAUGGAGGCUACGGCAUCGAUUUCUCUCAGCCGUCCGAGGACGUCAGUGCCGGAGUUUCUUUUGUGGCCAAAAAGAUCCUGGAACACGGCGUAACGUCCUUCUGUCCGACUCUGGUCACCUCUCCUCCCGCCGUCUACCACAAGGUUUUGCCUCAGGUCAGAGUGCACAACGAGGGCCAACAUGGAGCUGGAGUUCUGGGUUUCCACCUGGAGGGUCCGUUCAUCAGCGUGGAGAAGCGAGGAGCCCACCCAGAGCCGUACCUGCGUACCUUUCGGUCAGGAGGAAUUGACGAACUGAUGGAGGUCUACGGCAGCCUGGACAAUGUUGCCAUGGUGACGCUGGCCCCUGAGCUGGCUGGCAGCCAGUCGGUGGUGAGGGAGCUGUGUCAGCGGGGCAUCACUGUGUCGUUAGGUCACUCAGUGGCAAACCUGUCGCAGGCUGAGGAGGCUGUUCGCCACGGAGCCUCCUUCAUCACUCACCUCUUCAACGCCAUGUUGCCUUUCCACCAUCGUGACCCAGGUAUCGUUGGAUUAUUGACCAGCGAUCAGGUCCCUGCAGGCCGGACGGUGUUCUACGGCAUGAUCGCUGACGGGAUCCACACCAACCCCGCCGCCCUCCGGAUCGCACAUAGAGCUCACCCCUCAGGUCUGGUGUUGGUGACGGAUGCGAUCACAGCGAUGGGUCUUCCUCCAGGGCGUCACACUCUGGGCCAGCAGGUCAUCGAGAUCCAGGGUCUCCACGCUUACGUGGCAGGCACUAAGACGCUCAGCGGCAGCAUAGCCACCAUGGAGAUGUGUGUGCGCCACUUCAAACAGGCCUCAGGCUGCAGUGUUGAGGAAGCUCUGGAAGCUGCCUCGCUUCAUCCGGCUCAGCUUCUCGGUAUCAGCCACAAGAAGGGGAAGCUGGACUACGGAUCAGAUGCAGACCUUGUUCUGCUGGAUGACGCCCUCAACGUCAAAGCCACCUACAUUUCUGGAGAGGAGGUUUGGAGAAAAGGACCAUAGAUGAAGAAGAAAAGAACCGACUGGGACUCUGUGCCUUCAGUGUGUCUUAUUCAGAUUAUUUACACUUAAUUUUAAAGAUGUUUUUUUGGUAUUCCUACUGAGUAAAAUGCAAGUUUCACACGUCAUCAAUCAUUUGCAAUAUUUUUACUUAUAAAAUAGAUAUUAAAUUAGUUUUUCUUCCUUCCAAACAGCUACAGAUUUUUCUUUUAUGACUUCCUGGUGUGAAAAUCAGCUCACAGAGUCUCAGUAAUCCAUUAGUCUGCCCGCUCUGUUGGAGCGGUUUGUGAUGUGUUAUAGCAGUUGUUGGUGCAGAUUAAAAACAAACCAGUUCUGUAUCGCCUCACCAAGAUGCAACACAGACAACAACAGCUCAUUUAAAAACCUAUUCCCAGCAUUUCUGCAGGAAAAUGACGGAAAACAGACUCAGGAUGAUAAAUCACAGCAGGUCUGUUGCGAUUCAGGAGGAAGAAAGCAGCAGCAAUCAGAGCAACUUCCAUUGUUACUGACAGAAAACAGUCCAUUACAAGGAAAACUGAACAAGUAUUCAUGGACAAAGGUUUUUAAAUAAUAUACCUCUUUUAGAUAAUUUAAGAAUUGUAAUGUCAGUUCCUUAGAAUUAAUUUAAAAUGCCUAAGAAACAUACAACCUACACAUUUGGUCCUAAAGACAAAAAAUGCCCAUAUUGUAAAUGCCAUCUUUGAAGCCACAUUUCACAAACAAAUGCAUUUCUUGAUGUUAACAUUUCAUUUUGGAUUACUAGUCUUCUAUUUAAAUUCUUGUAGUUGUCCAUCAGAUUGCACUACUUUUUUUUUACAUAUUUAAAGCAUGCAAACAUUUUAUGGGAAGUAUUAAUUUUCAGUCUUCCUAAGUCCAUGCAGUGAUUUCCAGUAGAAAAUCCUGUGUGCUUUAAAUGCAGAAGAUCACCAGCAUCCAGUUUUGACAUUUAGCCUUGUACCAUGCACACAGAGAUUCCCCCAGAUUCUCUGAAUCUUUUGAUAUUAUACACUGUAGAUGGUGGGAUCUGUAAAGUCUUCACAAUUUUACGUUGAGGAAAAUUUGACUGAAUUUAUAACUUUUCCAGUCUUUUGUUGCUCCUGGUCCAACUUUUUACAGACAUGUGUUGCUGCCAUCAGAUGCACAAUGAGCUCAUAUUGCCAAUGAAAUAGUCAAAUGUCUCAAUGUCAACAGCUGAUAUGUUGUUUAUGUUUUAUUGGGAAUAAAAUAUAGGUUAAUGAGAUGUGAAAAUCGUUGCAUUCCGUUUUCAUUUACUUUUUUUUUUUUUUACACAGCAACCCAUCUUUUUGGGAAUGGUGGUUGUAUUUUAUUAAU